AUGUUUUUACAGACUCUCCGCCUAACUAUGCCAAGGAUGUUUUUGCACAUGAAACCGUCCCCCAUAACGAUAACAAGGGCCUGCACAGUGCCCAGCCUCCUAUCUGUUGCAGCUCCGCAACCAGCUCUUGUUGCAGCUAACAGACCUUUGGUUUUUAACAGAGGUUUCAAGGUCAGAACAUCUGUCAAAAAGUUCUGCAGUGAUUGCUACUUGGUAAGAAGAAAGGGAAGAGUAUACAUUUAUUGCAAGUCGAAUAAAAAACACAAACAGCGUCAAGGCUGA